GGGCAACCCACGCGACUCGGCCCGCGCCGCCACCGCCGUCGCUCCUCCGCUUCAAAUUUGCAUCGCGUCGAUUUCACGCGCCGCUUCCCCCAAAUCCAACCUCUCCCCGACGCAUAAAUACCAAAUCCCCAAAUCCCAAAUCCGAAUCCAGCCCAAACCCUAACCCUAGCAGCAGCAACCGAGAUGGCGCGUGCAAGGGGCAAGAAGCGCGCGGCUGCUGCUGCCGCGGACGCCGGCGGCUCCAGCCGGACGGACCCGGCGGCGGCGCGGGGCCGGCCGAAGCGCGCCAGGACGGAGCCCAAGCCCAAGCCCGAGCCGGAGUACUUCCCCGAGCCGCGGAACCUGGAGGAUCUUUGGUUGUCGGCUUUCCCUAUUGGGACUGAGUGGGAAAAUAUCGAUAAGAUCAAGGAGUUCAACUGGAACUUUGAAAAUUUAGAGAAAGCUCUAGAAGAGGGGGGCAAGCUUUAUGGGAAGACGGUUUACGUAUUUGGCAGCACUGAGCCUCAACUAUUGGAUGUCAAUGGCGAAUCGAAGAUAGUACUUAUUCCUAUUGUUGUUGCUGUUGAUUGCCCCUUCCCUCCGUCAGAUAAAAUUGGUAUAAAUUCUGUCCAAAGGGAAAAUGAAGAAAUCGUACCAAUGAGGGCUAUGAAGAUGGCCUGGGUGCCCUAUGUUCCACUGAAGGACAGGCUCAGCAGGAUGGAAAGUUUGAAAACAAAAAUAUUUACUCUUGGCUGCACCCAGCGAAGGUCUGCGCUGAAGCAUCUCAAAACUGAGAGAGUCAAGAAGUUCGACUACUGCAUGCCUUAUUACAUGCCUCUUAGUCCCCCAGAAGAUGAAGAUGAUACUGUUGUCAACAUCAUGUAUCCGCUAGAACCUCCGAUUGUUUGUGACUUUGACUGGGAAAUGGAUGAUUAUGAGGAUUUCAUUGAUGAGAAAGUUAAAGACGAGGUUCUGCCAGAGGACGAGAAAGAAAAAUUCAAGGACUUCAUAAAGGAGAGAGUUAGAGAAAGGAAGAGAGAGCUGAAGCAGGCCAAAGAAGCCAGAAAGAAAGCCAUCGAUGACUUGGAUCCCAAGUUGAAAGAGGCAAUGCAGAAUAUCAGGUUUUACAAGUUCUACCCUGUAAAAACCGAGGAUACUCCUGAUGUAAGCAAAGUACAGGCGAAGUACAUCAACAGAUACUACCGCCAAGCACAUGAACUGCUGUGAUGUGCAACCUCACACAUUCUGUGAGCACGGUCAAGCAUUAAGCUAGCUAUCCAGCCUGAAAGGAUAGCACUGAAAAUUUUGGAAGAUGGAGGAGAUCUGCUUGGUUGGGCAUACUCAGUUCUUGUCUCUUGCUGGGAUAGCGGAUAAGUUGGUUGUGCCGGUAGACUCCCUCCAAUCCUUAGAGCAUCUCUUCCCUCGGCAUUCUCGUCUGUAUUGUGAUAUGUAACAUUCUGGGAGGUUGUUGUAGACGGUAGGUCUUGUAAGUGCAGAACAAGUAUUGUAGGAACGGUUUGUUCCCUUGUUUUAUUCCCUCCAGUAUAGCUUAUGCUCUAUUACUGUUUGGUUACCUUCGGUGAGUUGAUCGGAAUGCUAUUUUGAAAAGAAUCGCGUGCCUAUAUAUUUUGAUGUA